AUGCUCCCGAUUCUGCUGCUUCCUCUUCUGCUUCUCAAAUUCACAUCAUCAUCAUCUGUGGUACAAACUUCAUUAUGCUGUUGUGGAUGCAUAGCAGAGCCAUGCCCCGUGGUCGGACCCUCAUGUCCUUCGCCAAAACAUGAGUGCAAAUUGUCAACGGACUUCAAGUGCUCAGAUCUACAGAAACUAUGGGAAGAUUCAUUAAGCACGGACACUAGGAGGAAUACGAUAGAAAAUAAGCAACAUAGAGUCGUUCUUAGCUCCCAAACGGACCCAGAUCCAAUCAGAAUAAUGACUGGAGAUGGCCUUACAAUACUUGAAUCAGGAGAAAGAGGAGAGAGGAAGUGGCAAGAAGUUGUGGUCCCGACAAACCCUCAAAUGAUACCCCAAUUGUUGCUGAACCCGAAUAUCUUCCAAGGUAGCCAUUACCUGCCACAAGAUGGACACAGUGGCCAUUUACCGCGUUAUUUGAACUCGACAUUAGCUCGAGAACCACACCGAAGAGAAAAUAAUCAAAACGAAAACAAGGCGACGUUUGAGAGGUUGGAAACUAUGAUAGCAGAGCUGCAAGCAAUGUUAAAAGAAGUGAAACAGAAUGUUCUCGAGAAGUCAACUAGUAACCCUGACCUUACCCUACAUGGAGGAGCAUCAACCAUGGAUCCCGUUACGAAAGAGCUGGAAAAGAAAGCUAUAGAAGACGUUAUGGCUCGAAUGCGUAAAACAUUCAUGAGCGCUACACAUGGAGCAAGGCCUAUGAAAGAGGUAGACUCGUCCAUUUCUGCUGCAGCUAUUGAUGUUCAGUCACCGCUGAGAUAUGUACCAUCACGUGUACGAGUUUCGAGAGCCAGCGAAAGUGUUAACUCGUCAAACUGCAACGACCUCAAGCUAAGGCAAAUCAUAACAGAGAACAUCAAAGGAACUGCACAAGAAUCAAAACGAGCUAUACAGAAAGCCGCAGAGAUGGAGUACGGUGGUGUAUUCAAUGCCAUCUGCAGCCCGUGCGAAUUUUCUUUCUUAAUCAGUUCACAGAAAUAUUGUGAUGGAAUGAAAGAUCAGGGAUUUUAUACUCCCAGGGUAUGA